UCCCAGAACUCUCGGUGUGGUCUUCGGAAUUGACCCUUCCAUGUUCAUCGAGGAAGAAGACGAGGAGAUCUUCCUUCGUCUUCUCGGUCAUGCCAUCUUCCGUGCAUACUACAAACGGAAGAAGCUGCCGCAAUACAACACCAUCGACGAUGUCGCCGCCCUCAUCCAACGCAGCAACAAGAUCAUGGUCAUCACCGGCGCCGGCAUCUCCACCUCCCUAGGCAUCCCUGACUUCCGCUCCAAACACACCGGCUUCUACUCCAAACUCGCCGAUAUAGGCUAUUCAGAACCGGAAGAAGUCUUUGACAUCCACAACUUCGACGAGGAUCCUUCCAUCUUCUACGGUCUGGCGGGUGACAUCUUGCCGGACCAUCAACGCAUCUCGCCCACCCACGCCUUCAUCCGAUUACUACAAGACAACAACCGCCUACAAACGAACUUCACACAGAACAUAGACAAUCUGGAGGCUUUGGCGGGCAUCGACCCCUCCCGCCUCAUCCAAUGCCACGGCUCCUUCGCCACGGCCAGCUGUCGCAAAUGCAAACACCAAGUCCCCGGAACAGACAUAUAUCCCGACAUCCGCGCCAAACGCGUACCCAUCUACGACGACAUCCCUACACCCGGCGUUCUGAAACCCGACAUCACCUUCUUCGGGGAAGCCCUCCCGGACGUCUUCUUCACCCGCUUCACCACCAUCGACGCGCCCACCACGGACCUGGUCCUCAUCCUUGGCACAUCCUUGCAAGUCGCGCCCGUAUCGGAUAUGCCAAACUUCCUCCCGCACGGCGUUCCGCAUGUAUACGUGAGUCGGGAGAGAUUGCGGCAUGUGGCGGUUGACGUGCAGCUGUUGGGCGACUGUGAUGUUGUGGUGGGAGAGUUGUGUAAGAGGCUCGGGUGGAGUUUGGAGGGGAUGGAGGGAUUGGUUGCGACUGGGGAGAAGGCGGAAGGGGAGGUGGAGGUUGUGAAGAGGGUUGGGGAGGAUGGGGUUGAGGAAGGGCAUGUUUGGUGGGUGAGGAAGAAGGUGGUGGAGAAUGCAAAUGUUCAGGCGAAGGAAGGCGAGCAAGCGAAGGAGGGCUCAUCAGAGUAG